UUCUCACUGUUUCUCACUACUAUAUUUUUUGGUAGAGCAUCUGACUACUACAGUAGUGUAGAGAUCAAGAGAUAGAUAAGACAAUGAUGAAAGGCCGUCGCAAGAGCACAAUGAAUCAAGGGGCCGCCGAGUCGUUCGAUGACAAUGAUCACAUCCGCGUGUCUUCUACUCCAACUUCGAAGCGUCGCAAUACGGUAUUUGGGGGAAUGUUUGGCAAGAACAACAAGGACAAGGGUGUGGCGAAGACCGACGACGACGAGACUGCUAGUACCAUGUACAGUACAGAGUCUCUCAAGGGACGUAACCCCUUUGAAAAAGAUGCAAUGCCACGCAAAAGUGUACCCCAGCCAUCCAUGCCUUCCAACGACAGCCGCAGAGCUUCGACGGGUUCUUCUACUAGAUCAACUACUAGUAGUAGUAGUAGUAACAACAAGUCGAACCCUCUCAAUGGCCGCAAUCCGGUGGACUUUGACAAGGCCAAUGUCGACUUUGAGUUUGACAACAGUCACAACAGCCACAACAGCAAGCCAACGGUGGUGUCGCGUUCGACCACGCGCAAUCACACUUUGACUGGUCGUAAUCCCGUUGAUUUUGAUGCCGUUGAUCCCUACGGGAAUCCCAUUCAUCGUUCCUCCAAUAAACCACGAGAUUUCAAUGACGGUAUUCCUCGAGAUCCCUACGGAAAUCCCAUUGGUCAGGACAAUGGCUUGGGCGGACGCAAUCCACGAGAUUUUGACGGCUGUGAUCCCUAUGGCAAUCCCAUUCAUCGUUCUUCCAAUCGUAAUGCUGCUAGUCAGGGCCACAACGAUGACCCAUUGGCGGGACGAAACCCCGUCGAUUUUGAUGGCGUUCCUCGUGAUCCCUAUGGAAAUCCAAUCCAGGAUGGUGACAAUUCCAACAAUAAGAACAACAAGAAGAACAACCGCAAGAGCACUGCCAACCAGAACAAGAACAAGAACAACAAUAAGAAUAAGACCAGGGGCAAUCCUCUAGCCGGACGCAAUCCAGUCGAUUUUGACGGGGCAAAGGACAAAAACAACAAGAACAGCAACAAUCGAACCAAAGCCGAUCCAGAUGGCUUGCGCUAUUCCGAGCACCUCGAAAGAAAUCAUACUUGCCGCACGUGCCCCCGGUGCAGUCGUUGCAACUGCGAACCAGACAACAAUGACAACGACAACAACAACAAUGACGACGCUGCCUCUGCAGACGAAAAACGCAAACGCGAGGAGGAGGCGCGUCGCAUUGCCGCGUGGCAGAAACGUCAGCAAGAUCAAGUGGCGGCAGCAGCCGCCAAAAAGCAAGAGCAAGCAAAUGCCAACCAAAAGAACAAAGCAGAGGAAGAAGCUCGACGCAAAGCGGCUGCCGCAGCAGAGAAGAAAUGCAAGGAAGAACAAGAGGAAGCCAAACGACAAGCCGAAAAAGAGGCUCGACGCAAGGCUGCCGCAGAGCAGAAACGCAAGGAAGAACAAGAGGCAGCCGCCAAGGAACAAGAGGCCGCUGAAAAGCAAGCACAAGCCGAAGAAAAGGCACGCAAGAUCAAGGAAUCCGCCCGCAAAGCAAAGGAAGCAGAGGAAGCCGAUCGCAAGGCCAAGGAAGAUGCCAUUUUGCGAGAAAAGAAGGAAGCGGAACGCAAAGCAGCACUCGAACAACAACAAGAAAAAAAGAACCAAAGAGGAGGAACGAUUCAGCAUUUGGAUGGCAGUGCCAAACACAACGGGGAGCAAGUCGAUCUGGACCAUGCCGAAACCAUUAAACGGGAAAUCCAAGAGGAUGUGCCGGAAUGGACCAAUGCCAAACUCAAAACCACCAAACGGGGCAGUGUCAUUCGACAAAGCAAAGGAGAACGGGAAAAGUUCUCCCUUCCGACAUUUCAUCAUCCUCGGGCACCUGUGCAGCAGUAG